CUUUCUUGGGCCAGGACUGGCGGUCUCCAGGGUGGAGGUGGAUUAAAACAGCAGAUGGCUGGAAGCGAUGUGAGCCUUGCAGCUCAGAACUUGAGGAUGAGAACAAUCAGCUUAACAACAUCAGUCACACUGUGGACUCUCGAUCUCGUUAUAUUUCCCCAUUAUUGGCUGAUUUCUACGAUGUUUUCUACGUCAACUACCUGCUCUCAGAUCAGAAGGAGGAAGUAACAAUUAAAGCUGCUAAGUUCUGUGAGGCAGCUAAGAAUGUUAGACAACAGAUGCGGUUCUAUUAAAAGUGAAUACUGCAUCUUGGAUGAUGAAGAAGAAAUAUACAAUGCUGAACACUGUGAAUUUACAAGCAAGAAAAGGAAAAAGGAUCAUUUUAGGAACAAUGCAAAAUCUCAGUGUUUCUAUCGUGAAAAAUGGAUUUAUGUUCAUAAAGAAAGUACCAGAGAAAGGCAUGGCUACUGUACUUUGGGAGAAGCUUUUAACCGCUUAGACUUUUCAAGUGCAAUUCAGGACAUCAGAAGAUUCAAUUAUGUGGUUAAACUUUUGCAGUUAAUAGCAAAAUCCCAGUUGACUUCACUGAGUGGUGCAGCUCAGAAGAACUAUUUCAACAUCUUGGACAAAAUUGUUCGGAAAGUUCUGGAAGACCACUACAACCCACGUCUAAUCAAAGACCUUCUUCAGGAUCUGAGUUCUACACUUUGUAUACUAAUAAGGAGUGUGGGGAAGUCUGUGUUGGUUGGGAACAUCAACAUUUGGAUUUGCAGAUUGGAAACGAUCCUUUUGUGGCAGCAGCAGCUCAGUAAUCUUCAGAUGACCAAGCAUGUCAGCAAUGGACUUACCCUCAGUGAUCUUCCUUUACAUAUGCUCAACAACAUCUUGUACAGAUUCUCAGAUGGCUGGGACAUUAUUACUCUGGGCCAAGUGACUCCAACGUUGAAUAUGCUCAGUGAAGACAGACAGUUAUGGAAAAAACUCUGCCAGUACCAUUUUGCUGAAAAACAGUUUUGUAGGCACCUUAUUCUGUCAGAAAAAGGUCACAUUGACUGGAAGCUGAUGUACUUUGCACUUCAGAAAUGUUAUCCUAUAAAAGAACAAUAUGGAGAUACUUUGCAUUUCUGUCGUCACUGCAGUAUCCUCUUCUGGAAGGACUACCACCUUGCUUUGUUACUCAAGGAUACAGGACAUCCUUGCACAGCCAAUGAUCCCAACAGUUGCUUCAUGCCAGUAUCUCCUCAGCACUUCAUAGAUCUCUUCAAAUUUUAAGUCCAAUUUUUUUUGUUUUCUUUUUUGCAUAGUCAUGCAGUAUAUGCUUUUUGUGCAAUAUUUCUCUGAAUGUGCUUUAGUUAAAAAGGGAUGUAAUCAGCUCAAAAGGAAAGAAUAUUGACCAGAGCAUCCUGUGAGAUGUUCAGUUUGCAGAAGAAAAGUAAGCUUGGCAAGUGAAGAUGGACCAUGGAGGAAGAAGGCAGGAUUUACAAAAGGCUGACUUUGAAUCAUUGGAGUUUUAGUCAGACUUUGGGACUUUAUACAUCAGUGACUUAACAUUUUGCUAUGGCUACAAGGAAUUUCGAGUUGAGAGGAACAGACAGUUUCAUUAGAGUGGCAAAAAUCAAGUUGCUGAAUUUGUCUUAAUCCACCCCCCCCUUUUUUUGCAUCCAAUUCCAAACAUACAGCUUGCAUGUCCUAUAAAUAUUUGGAGGAUACUCUUUGGGCUUCUUUGUACAUAUGUCAACUGAGUGUUGCACAUCAGUGGAAAGCAUUGUGUAUACCUGUUGUGGAAGCUGUUCUGAAAGAAGCCAAUUCCAUUUUGUAAAUACAUUAUGCAGAAAAUUUAUUUUCUUAAAAUAUAUUUUAUUAAUAAUGUCAAAUCUAUCUGACCGUGAAUAAUGUGAGGUGCUGGUUGUGGGUUGCUGGAAAGUGAUGAACUUUUCUGAAAGAGUUCCAUUCUUUUUUCUUAACCCUCUGAUUGUACUGCUUCUAGUCUUGUCUGUCACCAGGCUUCUAGAAAAAAGCACCACACCUUGCUGAGUUUUCAGCAAAGAAAGAAGUGUAUUACUGGGCUUCUUAUACAGCAGUGCUACGUGACACUAAGUAACUGAAGUUGUGGAAAGUCCUGGCUCAUGCUGGAAAGGCUUGCUGUUGCAAGGAGCCUCUAGGAGUUAUUCCAGUAGUGGCCAGAAGUCCUUGGGAACCUGUACUGCAGAUAUGGAAGAGGGUAGGAGAUGAAGUCGCUGUAGGGGAAAAUGCUAAAGUGACUUGGAGUGUUCUCUGGAAACCUUAAUCAUUUCAGCCUAAUGUAGUAGACGGAUGAAUACAAGCUUCACAUUAUGUACCACAAUGUGUUUUUCAAUCUAGUUUUGUACACAAAUAAAUCAUGUGUUUUCCCCCUUUUAA